AUGGCGUCGUCAAAGUCGCAGGUCGCCUCUCAAAGGCUUGCUUCUCUCAACCGCCAGUUUAGCUCCUCGCCCUCGAAAGCAUUCGAGGUGAAGAAGCUCGGCGUUAUUGGCGCUGGUCAGAUGGGCUUAGGAAUCGCACUUGUCGCCGCUCAAAAAGCCCAAGUUUCGGUUACUCUCGUCGACAACUCGCAACAAUCCCUCGAAAAGGGUCUUGCCUUCGCCGACAAAUUGCUAGCAAAGGAUGUGCAGAAACAAAGGAUCACCGAAGAGAUUGCGAAAGCCACGAGAGAAAGGUUAAAAUCUACGACGAACAUUUCAGAUCUCUCGGACGUGGACAUGGUGAUCGAGGCCGUCCCUGAGAUCCCUUCCCUCAAGGAGAAGAUAUUCGCAGACUUGGCUCAGAUAUGUCCCAAGCACGCUAUUCUGGCCACAAACACGUCGAGCAUCAGUAUCACGCGGAUCGCGAGGGCCACGGCGAAAGAUCCCACAGACACGCAGGCGUCCUCACGGGUGGUGUCUACCCAUUUCAUGAACCCCGUCCCCGUGCAGAAGGGUGUUGAGAUCAUCGCUGGCUUGCAGACCUCUCCAGAGACCGUGACGGCCGCGAUUGCAUUCUGUGAGAAGAUGGGCAAGGUCGCUUCUGUCUCGGCGGACAGCCCGGGAUUCCUGGCGAAUAGGAUUCUGAUGCCGUAUAUCAACGAGGCAAUUAUCUGCCUGGAAACCGGCGUGGGGAACAAGGAAGAUAUUGAUAAUAUCAUGAAGAACGGCACGAACGUGCCCAUGGGUCCGCUCACGCUGGCCGAUUUCAUUGGCCUGGACACUUGCUUGGCCAUCAUGGAGACAUUACAUGCUGGGCUGGGCGACAGCAAGUACCGACCGAGCGUGCUUCUACGGCAAUAUGUGGAUGCUGGGUGGCUGGGAAAGAAAAGUGGAAGAGGAUUUUAUGAGUAUUAG